AUGCCUUUGAUCAUUGAUGCCCUUCAAGGCCAAAUCUCAACUUUAAAACGAGACACUGAACUUAAAACCUUGGGACAACUUACAAGCAAUAGUUGCUUUGGCUGUCAUGUUUUUUCUCAAGGCGUAAAGCUUGAAAUGCGUACCUUUCUUAUCACAGAUUCUUAUGAGUCAUGCAUACUUGAAAUGUACUUCCAACAAUUUGGUAUCCUAGUUUCUAUUGAUAAACAGCUAGCAUUACGGGAAUAUCUUUCUGAUCUUUUUGCCGUUUUGGAAUUAAAGUUCUACAAUUCAGAUUACAAUGAUGAUCCGGUCAAACAAAUCGCUAUAUCCAUUGACACUCUGAUUACGAGAUGCUUGUUUGAACUUCUUAAAGGAGAACCAUUACCUGUAAGCAAAGAAAGGUCUCAUGCUCUUGUGCAUGUGCUAGUUUUUGGCUGGUGUAUACCAUCAGCUCGCAAGAAAUUAUUUAAUGCAGGAUUUAUAUCUUGUUGGCCUGAAUUAUAUUAUCGAUAUAAGCAUUAUGAUAAGCCUAUUCCUAUUGAUAUAAGAACGCUUAGUAAUCACGCUGAAAAUUGUCAAGGCCCUUCAUUACAAAUAAUUGAAAUUCAUAG